UAGUGACACUGCACCGAACUCGUCUCUUUCAAACAUAGACUUUCGUUCUUCAACGACUAAUUAAAGAUCCAACAAAAAGGCAAAAGAAAAAAAGAAACUGUGUUUGGUCCGAAGGCCAGAGGAAAUGAAGGACGAAGAAUCUCUGACGACGUCUCCACCGUCGUUGACCUUCUCCGCCGGAAGAACGAAAUAUCCGGUGGCCGGAAGAAUCAUCACAGGCUUCAAGAUAUGGCUGUUGGCGGCGAUUCUCUUCUUGGCUCUGUGGUCCGUUUUCACCAGCUCCGUCACCCUCAAAGGCUUCUUCGGCGGAUGCGACGGCGGCCGCGGUAGAUAUCUAUGUUAUCUUUCCGGCGUGAACGGGUUUUCCGGCGGCGGCGAGCUCGACAUCCUCGAAGUGGAGGAGAGAGAGAAGGUGGUGAGGAAGAUGUGGGACGUGUACACACGCGCCGCCGGAUCCAGGCUGCCGAGGUUCUGGCGAGAGGCUUUCGAAGCGGCGUACGAGUUUCUCGUCAGUGACUCGCCGGAGAUUCGAAACGCAGCCGUUUCGGACAUCGCCAAAUUGUCGCUCACGUAUCACUCUGUUAAUCCCAAGCCUCUCUCGGUUCCGUAAAUUUAUUUUUCCCGGGUCAAAUUAUACGUACGAGUAAAAGGCAAUACACAAAAUUACUAAAUUACAUUACAUAUAAUCAUUGUCAAUAAUAUUUAAUCCGCAAAAUCCCAAAAUACUCUCCAGUUAAUUUAUAUUUACGAAAUUACCACUACUUAUAAACCUACACUUAGAUUUCUGUCGACGUUUCCGUAGACUUACCUCAUCUCUGGUAGGGAGGGCGUUCCAAAAUUCGGGUCGGAAUUUUAGCAGUUCGAUUUAAAAAUGGUUUAUUCGGUAUUUUAAAAUUUGUAUCAAAUUAAUACCGUAUAUUAUUCAAU